GGAUAUCGGCAAUCACGCGAACAUUCUUUCUGUCAAUGUCCUCUUCAGAGUACCAAUCUGGCAACAGGACCCACUUCAUCGUUCAAAGGACAGUCCGGCUCCUUUGAGAUACCGUUGAUCAAGUUCUUGUUGAUAAACCUAAUAAUGGGCAGAAUAAAUGCGAAAAAGAGUAGGAUCGAUGAUAUUACGCUUGCCAUACAUCAAGAAACAACGUGUGUCUCUCGACUUAUGGGGUUAAACCAGUUUACUCCACUUCUCGAGGAAGUAUGUGCAUCUCCAGGCCAUCUUUACCCAGGCGCAGGCCCUGGGUUCAAUUUCCCAACCGCCAUCCAGCGUAAUAGGUGAAUGGCGACGAUGGUUGAUGCGUUGAGCGGUAACGGUUCAUCAUCCAGCAUCGACGACCAUCUGAGGACAGUACCUCCAAGGCUCUUUACACAUUUAUCCAGUUUUUUCACGGAGAAACCGGACGAUAAGCUGGUCAUAUUCCAGUAUGAUUGCUUCAGUAGGUUUGGCGUUGAUGGUGCCAAAUGACAUUUCUGAUAUCAUAUCCUUCCGGAAGGUCACGGUUUGGAACAAGCACUGUGAGCCAAAAUCCAGCUCGGUUCUGUAGUUCUGGGGGAAAAUCGUGAGGUGUCAAUGGUACAAGAAAGUGAUGGAAACAACGAAGCUGCCGGAACAUGAACAUGGGGGAAAAACAGCACCAAAGUUCCCAUGCCACAGAUGCAUUUGACCUUUAUCUUGUCUUGCCAGCAGUCAGUAAUUGAAACGGACUGUUAGAUCUGUAUAACAG